CACCACCGCAUUGCGCCGGACAAGCCUUCACAAUGCGGGUGCACGCAAUAAGGGCCGGCCGGCUCGCUAGUUGCAGGUCCGGACAGUACGCCUCCCUUCGCAGUUCGCAAGUAGCAUCGCGAAGAUGCCUAGCUACCGCUCACGCCGCUCCUCCCCAUCACCAUGUCGACAUCGUCUCCCGAACUCCGCCGUACCACAGGCUCGUCAAGAAGCUCCAGGAAGUCAGGAGGGUCCUGGGCCAUUCACGGCAGUUGACGCUAGCGGAGAAGAUUCUCUACUCGCACCUGGACAGUCCCGAGGAGUCGCUGCUGUCGAACACGAACAAUGGCAAGGACAUCAGAGGGCAGGCCAACCUCAAGCUCAAGCCGGACCGGGUGGCGAUGCAGGACGCGUCCGCGCAGAUGGCGCUGCUUCAGUUCAUGUCGUGCGGGCUUCCUGCGACUGCCGUUCCGGCGAGUAUACACUGCGACCACAUGAUUGUGGGAGAGAAGGGCGCGGAUACGGAUCUGCCGAAUUCAAUCGCGGGGAAUAAAGAGGUGUUUGAUUUUUUGGAGUCUGCGGCGAAGAAGUAUGGCAUUGAGUUUUGGCCGCCUGGCGCGGGCAUUAUUCAUCAAUCUGUGUUGGAGAACUACUCGACGCCUGGGUUGAUGAUGCUGGGGACAGACAGUCAUACUCCGAACGCGGGAGGUCUGGGAGCUAUUGCAAUCGGUGUUGGCGGUGCGGACGCGGUGGAUGCUCUUGUGGAUGCGCCUUGGGAGCUGAAGGCACCCAAGAUACUGGGCGUCAACCUCGAGGGCGAGUUGAGCGGUUGGGCCUCGCCCAAGGAUGUAAUCUUGAACCUUGUCGGGCAGCUUACCGUUCGGGGCGGCACCGGGUACAUCGUCGAGUACUUUGGCCCUGGCGUGAAGUCAUUGAGCUGUACAGGCAUGGGUACGAUUUGUAAUAUGGGCGCUGAAGUUGGCGCUACAACAUCCCUAUUCCCAUUCUCACCCGCCCACAUCCCCUAUCUGGAAGUUACACACCGAGGACCCAUCGCGAAAGCAGCCUCGGAUAUUGCAAACUCACCAAUGAAGCGGAAUUUGCUGCGUGCUGACCCGGAAGCUGAGUACGACAAAGUUAUCACUAUCAACCUUUCAACGCUGGAACCACACAUCAACGGGCCAUUUACUCCUGACCUCUCGACGCCCCUGUCCAAAUUCAAGUCAGUAGUGGAAGAGAAGGACUGGCCGAGGACGUUCGGCGCUGGUCUCAUUGGCAGCUGCACGAACAGCUCCUACCAGGACAUGACGCGCUCUGAGGAAAUCGUCAAGCAAGCCUCCGCCGCUGGACUCAAGCCUAAAGCCGACUUCUUCAUCACGCCGGGCAGCGAACAGAUUCGAGCCACCCUCGAGCGCGACAACACCCUCUCCACCUUUUCCUCAGCAGGCGGCACUGUUCUAGCAAACGCCUGUGGUCCUUGCAUUGGACAAUGGAAACGCACCGACGGCACCAAGAAAGGCGAAGCCAACGCCAUCUUCACCUCAUACAACCGCAACUUCCCCGGCCGCAACGACGGCAACCGCGCAACCAUGAACUUUCUCGCCUCCCCUGAGCUCAUUACCGCAAUGUCCUACUCUGGCUCGACGACCUUCAACCCCAUGACUGAUAGUAUUCCUACACCCUCCGGGACCCCCUUCAAAUUCUCACCACCAAAAGGCUCAGACCUGCCAUCCGCCGGGUUUGCAGAAGGAAAUCCGGAGUUCCUCCCCACGCCCGGCAUUCCCGACCCCACGGUCGAAGUCAUCGUCGACCCAGGGUCCAGUCGUUUAGCAUUGCUCAAACCCUUCCCCGAGUUCCCCGACUCAGAGUUGACGUCCCUCCGCGUCCUCUACAAAGUAAAAGGACAGUGCACAACAGACACCAUCUCUGCCGCAGGUCCUUGGCUCAAAUACAAAGGCCAUCUUCCCAACAUCUCCGAAAACACGCUCAUUGGCGCGGUUAAUGCCGCUACCAACGAAGUCAACGUCGCGUACGAUGUUGACGGUAGCAAGUCUGGGAUUCCGGAACUCGCGAAGCGCUGGAGGGAUAAGGGGCAGGAAUGGCUUGUUGUAGCGGAGCACAAUUACGGCGAGGGUUCUGCAAGAGAACAUGCUGCCCUGCAACCCCGCUAUCUAGGUGGCCGAAUUAUCCUGGCGAAGAGCUUUGCGCGCAUCCACGAGACGAACUUGAAGAAGCAGGGUAUCGUUCCGCUGACAUUCGUUAACGAAGCAGACUACGAUAUUAUCGACGCAUGCGAUGAAGUGGCGACGAGGGGACUGCUGGAUGUACUGAGGAGCGGCGGGAAGGGCGAAGUCCAGAUAGCGGUCAAGAAGAAAGAUGGAAGCGAGCAGGCGAUCAAGACGAGGCACACGCUUAGCGAGGACCAGUGCGGCUUCAUACUCGCAGGCAGCGCUUUAAAUCUCUUGGCCCGCAAUGCGCGGGAGGAGAGGGAGGAGAUUACGCGGGCGAGCGAAUUGUCGGAUUAAGAAGAGGAUGAUUUGGUGGGAUAUCGGGCGCUUGAUUUGUAUGUGUAUGCUGUAUGUAAAAGCAAAGCGAAACGAGGAUAGCAAUAUCCGCUGGAUACCACUGUGCGUAUGUUGAUGACGCAGUCCUAGCCCGAACGUCGGUCCCUAUGUCCAUCCCAACUCGGGGCUUUGUAUACUAUACAAUAUGUCAAAAACAUGGAAGAACAACCUCUAGUGGCUCAUAACUUCACAUGCGCGCCAAUACUCCCACCUCUAAACCAAAUCUGCUGUCUCCACUGGCCGAUCCUAAUUCCCAC